AUGUGGCAAAGUGGUGAAGUGGGAGAAAAUUCUAGUGACAAGCUUACCGUAAUCAAUGGAAAGGUCGAUUUGUUGCCGGAAGAACAACAGAAAAUUGAGAAAAGUAUUGGAGAAUUCUGUGUAAAUAACGCAUUUUACACUAGCAAAGUCACGGACUGUAAUGAAAGAUCAAAAACAAUUGAAUCAAAAGUUGAUAAAAUAAAUUUUAUUGCCAAAAAAUACCAGGAUGAAGAAUGGAAAACAGUUACAAACAAGAAAAAAAAUCGGCCACUUUUUUCUGUGGUGUUAAAAACAAAUCCACAGAACAAUGUUGGCACUUUAAAAGAAGAAAUGUUAAAAAAUUAUGUCCCAAAUGAAGUUAAUGUUGCAAAAAUUAUAAAUGCUGGUGACGACAAGUUGAUAGCAGUUUGUGAGAACGAAAAUGAGCAGCAAAAAUUCGCUGAGGUCGCAAAAAAGAAAUAUGGAAAUAUUUGUGAAAUAACUGUGCCAGAUAAAAAAAAUCGUAGAUUUAAAGUGCUGAAUGUUGAAAUUUGGUCAAAUUUUGAUGACUUGUUGAAUGAAUCAAUUGAAGAAGUUGUCAAACAAGAAAAUAUAUAUCUUGACCAAGCAAAAACUUGUAAGGUCAUAAAAUUUAUGAAAGCUCGCAUUAGUGGCAAACAAGUUGACACAAAAAUUCACUUUAUUGUGGAAGUUGAUGAAAAAUCAUAUGAUCUUGCAAUGAGUAAGGGAAGGAUUAAAUACCGGUAUCAAGAACCAAGAAUUGUUGAUGGAUUCAUCGUUGGAAAGUGCUUCAACUGUUUCUCCUUCAACCAUGUGAAGAAGGACUGCAAGAGUCUUGUGAAAACAUGUUUCAACUGCGGAGAGGACCAUCAUGUGAAAGAUUGUAAGGAAAAUAAACCAUCGUGUAUAAAUUGUAAAAGGGCAAAUGAAGAAAUUAAAUCGGGAAAAAAGUUUGACAUUAAUCAUAUUUCACAGUUCAGUAGCGAUACACAAGCGGAUAUCUAUCACGUAUUUUUAAUUUGCGAGCAUGUCAUGCUACAUUGA